AUGACUAAUUCCAAGAAUCGGUCUUGGUCGUUCGCCUCCAACCCGUAUUACCAAACAUUCUUGAAAACGUUCACACCAGAGUCAGUGUUUGAUGAUAAAAAUGAAUUCCUGGAUAUCGUUUACUGGCUUCGGCAAGUACUUGCCAUCCUUACUGGAAUAUUGUGGGGCCUAAUUCCUCUGAAAGGUCUGACUGCAAUCCUGCUAUUCUUUCUUAUGAAUAUGGGAGCCAUCUACAUUUACGCAGCACUUUUUCAACGUGUCGAUGAAGAAGAAUAUGGUGGUUUUGGUGAAAUCGUCAAAGAAGGAUUAAUGACUGCAUUCUCCUGCUUCAUGGUUUCGUGGAUAGUACUUUUUGACUACAUGCACACAGGGAACACGUGA